CAUAGAAAUGAACCACAGCAAUGCAUGAUCCCUUGGUUCGCUUUUCCUCCUACUUCCAGGAGGGGCGCAAGUGCGGCCAGAGUUUGCUAGAGAGUAACAUAGGAACCAAAAGCGAGGCGCUGUGUUUCCCUUCUAUGCAGGGGAUUGUGUAAUUCGCUGCACAAAGCGGAAUUGUGGUGGAGACGCAGCAAAGACUUAAACUAUAAGCAUGAAGAAAUUAAAGCUGAAAGAAUUUGAAAGCUGCCUUCAACAAGUUGAUACUUUUGAUGAUCCAAAAUUACUGCUUGAACAAUAUCCAACAAGGCCACACAUUGCGGCAUGUAUGCUUUAUACAAUUCACAAUACUUUUGAUGAUAUCGAAAACAAGAUUGUUGCAGAUCUUGGGUGCGGUUGUGGUGUCCUGAGCAUUGGAAGUUCUAUGCUGGGGGCAGGGUUAUGUGUAGGAUUUGAUAUCGAUCUUGAUGCCCUAGAUGUAUUUAGCAAGAAUGCUGAAGAAUUUGAGCUCACAAAUAUUGAUAUUAUUCAGUGCGAUGUAUGUUCUCUGCCUGACAAAAUGCCAAAAAUAUUUGAUACAGUUAUUAUGAAUCCUCCCUUUGGAACGAAACACAAUAAAGGCAUGGAUAUGGCUUUUCUGAAGACAGCACUGCAGAUGGCAAGAACAGCUGUGUAUUCCUUACACAAAACGUCAACCCGACAACAUAUUCAGAAGAAAGCAGAGGAAUGGAAGGUGAAGAUGGAAGUUUUAGCAGAACUGAGGUAUGACCUGCCAGCAUCGUAUAAGUUUCAUAAGAAGAAAUCCGUGGACAUCGAAGUUGAUUUUAUUAGAUUCACUUGUGACAAAAAGAUGAAUGGAGGAAUGACAUAAAACUUUUUUAGAAGAAUAAAAAAUCUUUUUGGAGUGCUAUUCCUUAUUUCCAGCUCCAUUUUCUGUUUUUAUCUGCUUUGGGGCAGGAUCUUCAGGGGUGGCAUCUUCAAGUGGCCUUUUCUUAGGACUUGCCAACCCUGCAAAAUCAAGGUGUAUUUUUUAUCAUUUAUUGCAAGUAAAGUACAGUUCCAUUUCACAGAACUAUAUAAAAUAUGCUCCCAUAUUGGGACAAAUAGUAAUUUGAUGCCAUCAUUAAGGAAUGAAUAUGACCAUCAAAAAGACACCUUUGACCAUAAGAGAUCCAGAUUUUAAAGGGCUCUUUUUCUAUGAAAGAACCUACAGGAAAGGUCUCUUACAGGAACUUUUUCUUUAUAUAUUUUACACUUUCCAAACAAAUACUCAACUACUAAAAGCCUCACCAAGAUGAUACUUUCUGAACUAUCAAGUCUUUAAUUCAGCAUUUAAUGUAAUGCAUUCCCAGCUUUAGGUUUGUGCAUUAUUUCCAAUUGUGUAACAGCUUUGUCUAUAAAAACUAAAUAUUCCCUAACUGAUCCAAACAACCAAUCUUAAUGGACUAAAUUCUUCUCAUGAAGUAGGAGGAAGAGAAUGAAAUAAAACACUGUCAUUUAUUAUUUUCCUUGUCAAGCUCUUUGAAGAAUGAUUUGAGCUGCUAUCAGGAAUGUUAAAUUUCUGAGAAGAAAUAUUUUGAUAAGACAUUUGGGCAAUCAAGCUAAAAAAUGAAAAAUCAGAUAUAGAUGAAUCGUUUCCCCUUUGUUUGUAUCAUUGUAUAGUAAGAAGCUACAAUUAUGGCCAGGGACAUCCAACCAUUAUUCGGGGGGAAAAUCAUGACAGCACUCUUUUAUAGACACACUCAUAGCUAUAUUGAAUGCAUCUAUUUAGAAAUUCAGGCAAGUGAAGAAAAUAGCCCACCUUUUGUACUGUUGCCUUCAACCUCCUCUUCAUCUUCACUCUCAAAUUUUGUUUUCUUGCCUUGAAAUUUUACUUUUUUGUCUUGUGCUCCUUGAGAUCCCUUGUUGUAUUUAUUUUUACGACCUGUCAAGCAGAAAAUAUACAAUUUAGAACACUGUCA